CGAGCUACAAGCUAUACGGAGCAACUACAUCCACCCAAAACAACAUAGCUCCUCUCUUCACCUCCGAGUUCGCGACCACAGAUUUCUUCUUCCUUUAUUCAACCUUUCAACUCUUGCGGUCGCCCCUCGGAAAUGCGCAGUUCAACCCUCCUCUAUCAUAAUACCAACUCAUCGUCAAUCCGUCACACGAGCAUACUCGACAACCUCUGCCCCAACAUGGCGGCCCUCAUCCGCCCUCGACGAUGCUGACUCUUCCUCUUCUCAGAUGGGUGCAGAGAGAGGCCCGUCCCAUAAGUUUGCGCCGACUCACCUUCUUCGGCCGCACCUUGACCGAAUCUCGCCUUCUUGACUCGGCAAAUUACUGUAGACUCGAGCUGCCUACCAGGAUCGCCCAUCGUUUGCGAGACGUCCAGACCUUACCAUACGUUGUCGUUUCGAACCCUCACCUCGCCCAUGUCUACGAAAUGUACCUUCGCGCCUUCGAGCGCUUUCGCCGCGUUCCGGAAAUCAAAACACUCGAGGACAAUGAUCGGUAUUGCAAGAUAUUGGAGGAGACUCUCAAGGAGCAUGCCACUGUCAUUCCUCGCCUAGCAAUUGGUGUCCUCGAAGUUCGCGGACUCAUGAGGCCCGAGGAGACCGACAAGUUCAUGAACACAAUGCUGCGCUCUCGCAUCUCCCGACGUGUCAUAGCCGAACAGCACAUUGCUCUGACCGAAACUUUCAAUUCGCCCUGGCACUUCCCCGACGCCCAGCCUACCAAUGAUCAACACACCGAGAACGUCGGAGAGAUCUUUCUGCGUUGUAAUGCGAAAGAGGUCCUCGAGCGCUGUGGCAAAAACAUGCAGGAGCUGGUCAAGCGUGCAUAUGGGCCCCACGUGGUACUCCCUGAAGUGCACAUUACCGGCCAUUUAGAUGCAACUUUCCCGUACAUCCUGACACAUCUCGAGUAUCUUGUGGGCGAACUUCUGCGAAAUUCGAUGCAGGCAAUCAUCGAGCAAAGGCAAUCCAAGAAUGCACAACCACCACCUAUCGAAGUGCUCAUUUGCGAGAACGCACAGCACGUCAUCAUCCGCAUAUCAGAUCAAGGCGGGGGCAUACCUACCGAGAUUUUACCUCACCUUUGGAGCUUUAGUAAAGGUCCACGCCGACAGAGAAGGCUGGAGAACCUCGCACGGGUUCCGAAGCUUCUUGGUACCAUGCAGGAGUUGCAGGUGAAGGAGGAUUCGUCCAAAGGCCAAACUAAAACCGAAGAAGCCCAUCAUGAUCAUGUCGGGUCGCUUUCGUCUCUGACGAGUCGUCCACCGGAUCUUCGACUUGGUGUUGGCCUACCCAUGUGCAAAAUAUAUGCCGAGUACUGGGCCGGAAGUCUUGACAUUCAUAGCCUAGAGGGAUAUGGUGUAGAUGCCUUCCUCCAAAUAUCCAAAUUAGGGAACAAGAACGAGCGCGUGACUACGCGCGCCACUAUGGAUGCAGUGUAGAUGAUGCCUCUUCAAUUACAAAUUUGGUUUCACGGGUGGUAGACCCGACCAAGCAUCUCUGCAUUGAUCGAGCUCUAUCAUACCAUGGGAGGUUCUCUCUCUAGCUUGCUAUAUGCACAUAACUCGUUCCCCAGGGUCUCAGGGCUUCAAAGGGCUCUACAAUCCUUCCCCAUCUGGCAACAGCAAUUUUGAUCCUACUACCACUGAGUUGCAUUCCAGUGUGGAUCG